AUGGCUGGAGAUGUUGAGGCAAGCAACAUUCGCGUUGCCGUGCGAUGCCGACCUUUCAAUGCGCGCGAGCGCGCCGAGGGGGCGGUGAGGAAUGCAUUGUCCUGCAAUGAUUCGACGGUCCAGGUGAUGGAGUCGACGCGGCUGCCGAAGGAGUUCCACUACGACCAUGUCUUUGGUUGCGGAGCCACCCAAGAGGUGGUAUUCCAGGCGGUUGGCCUGCACCUCUUGGACAACGCCAUGAACGCGUACAACGGCUGCAUCUUUGCAUAUGGGCAGACAGGCUCUGGCAAAAGCCAUUCCAUCAUGGGCGACGUGGAGGACGAGGUGGAGCAGGGAAUCCUCCCGCGGGCCUGCACGCGGCUGUUCUCCAUGCUGGAAGGCCGUCGCCAAGACAAGGGCUUCGAGGCCACGGUCCUGGCCAGCUACUUGGAGAUAUACAACGAGAAGAUCUUCGACUUGCUGACAGGUGGCAACCCUGGGGAGCUCCAGGUGCGCAACCACCCCGAGCUAGGGCCCAUAGUGCCUCACCUCACCGAGUGCCCCGUGGAGAGCUUCGAGGAGGCCUAUGAGCUGCUCGACUUCGGCGCCAAGCGCCGUGCUGUGGCCGCCACGCAGAUGAAUGCCACCUCUUCCAGGUCCCACGCAGUCUUCACCUUGCAGGUGCGAAUGGUACUGGCGAAGCCAGGCGGCCAUGUCGAAAGCCAGGCUAAGAUCCACUUCGUGGACCUUGCCGGGAGCGAGAGGCAGAAGAAGUCUGGGGCAGCAGGGGAGAGACUGAAGGAGGGCAUCGGCAUCAAUUUGUCCUUGACGACGUUAGGGCGAGUCAUCUCUGAGCUUGCCAAGCCAGGGGCGAGGAGCGUUCCCGCCUUCCGUGACUCGAAGUUGACCCUCCUGCUGAAGGACGCGCUGAUGGGCAACAGCCGUACCGAGCUCCUGGCCUGCGUCAGCCCAUCCAGCUUCAAUCUCGAGGAGACGGUGAGCACCCUGGAAUUCGCCACUCGCUGCAAGCUGGUGAAGACCAGCGCCAUGAAGAACGAGCAAAGCAAGGCUAAAGCCUCGGUCCGGGGGAUGUGGGAGGUUGUCAAAGGCAGGCGUGCCCGGGGUGUUGCGGGGCCGCUGAAUGGGUAUUCCCUCCUUGAAAGGGAAGGCCACUACCUCAUCUCGACUGAGCAGCUGCCGCCGAUAAUUCAGACCAUGUACCUGAUUCACAACAAGGACAGGGAGCAUUCGGCUGCGAUGUCCCUUCUGAGCAACCAGAAGGAAGAGGUGCGAGCGCGCGAGGUGGCCGUCCUCCAGGCGCAGAUGGCCAGCGAGCGCGCCGCCUCUGAGGCCACCUUGGACGACACCCACCGUGCCUUGGAGGACAAAACAGGGUUUAGGGUUUAG